AUGGCGGUCCUACUGAAUGGGAAUGGGAAGGAUGAUGGGCCAAAAGAGGAUGAUGAUGGGCCAAAAAGGGAUGAUGAUGGAUCAAAGGGGGACGAUGAUGGACCAAGAGAAGAUAGUGAUGGACCAAAGGGGGACGAUGAUGGGCCAAGAGAAGAUGAUGAUGGACCAAAGGGGAACGAUGAUGAACGAAAGGGGGGUGAUGAUGGACUAAGAGGAAAUGAUGAUGGGCCAAAGGGGGACGAAGAUGUACCAAAAGGAGACACUGAUGGGCCAAAAGGGGAUGAUGAUGGACCAAGAGGAGAUGAUGAUGGACCAAAGGGGGACGAUGAUGAACGAAAGGGGGGGAUGAUGGACCAAGAGGAAAUGAUGAUGGACCAAAGGAGGACGGUGAAUGACUAA